AUGGAUCCGAAAGUCCGUCUUUCUGGCGUUCUCCUGGUUGUCGCGCUGGCCUUCAUCGCUCUCUCCCCCCAGGUCACCCUCCUCUCCCAGUCACCCUCCUCUCCCACCCUCCUCCCCCAGUCACCCUCCUCUCCCACCCUCCUCCCCCAGUCACCCUCCUCCCCCAGUCACCCUCCUCCCCCAGUCACCCUCCUCCCCCAGCCACCCUCCUCCCCCAGUCGUGUAUCUGUGCAGGUGGCAUCUGCAUCGCUGGUCAAAUCAGAUCAAAUCCGAUCUUCCAAGGAUGUGAUCGGGCAGGUGGUGGAGUUUGAAGCAGAGGAAAUUGAAGCCCUGGAGGGCGGCAAUGCUCGUCCACAUGCGGCUGGUCUUGAGAGCGGCGACGCGCGUCCACAUGCGACUGCCUUGGAGGGGAGUGAAAGGGGAGGUGGAGAGGAGGGGGUUACAGAGGGCAGGCAGCAAGAGGAGGAGCGCAGUUGGUGGAGGUGGGAUGUGGGGAAGGGCGAACUAGUGUGGAGGGAGGGGCCAGAGGGGUUGGCUGACGGGCAGGAAACACUUUUGUGGCUGCCCGAGAUCGUGUACGAGGAUUUGGAGCUCAUGGACCUGAGAUAUUUCCAGGGUCUGCACUGCCCGGCUCCUGCCUGCCCCUCCUUCGCUCGCUGCCGCACUGGCCGCAGGCAGGCAGGCAGGGUACUGGCGUGCACUGGACACGACCCUUUAUUGAGUGAUCCGUUAUCACGCAACAACGGUGGUGCAUCCAGUCAGACAGCUUCAACGGACGCGUCAGGGACAUCAUCUGUCGGCGCGUCAGGGUCGGACUCGAUGGCCACCGUAGGCUCGGCGUCUGCGGCGGGCUUAGGCUCGGCGUCAGUAGACGCGUCUCCUCUUGUGGACCCCUCCCCUGUGCUCACCUCGCCUCCCCCCAACCACGUGAAGGACAAUGCGACCUAUGAUGUGGCUGUUGCCGAGCCGUUUGCUGCACAGGUGUUCCUUCUAGAGAACGUCUUCAUCAACGACCGGGGCAUGGUGUUUGAUGCCAUGUACCACUACCGCCAUGGGCUGCUGUGCAGGUCCUGUCCCCUCGACUUUGGCCUAUACACUGGGAAUGAAACCAAGGUGCACGUGUACAGUGAGCUGCUCUCAUUGGCCAACUGGAAUGGCGGGAACUUCUACCAUUCGCUGCUCGAGGUCAUGCCGUCCCUUCUCUACCUGCGGCCAUUCUUGGAAGCAAAGCCGGGCAUUCCCAUUCCAGUCAAGAUUGACCAGGUUAGGUGCGCAAAGCUGGGCAUUCCAAUUCCAGUCAAGAUUGACCAGGUGCGGUGCAGUAAGGUGCAGUAUGGUGAGGUGCCUUGCUCGUCCUGGGCAGGGCAGUGA